UUCUUCGAUUGGGCGUUUCAUGUGCCCCUCGUCGACAAGAACGCGCUGACGCCGCGACGCAAGAGGAAGAUGAACGCCAUGCGCGAACGUCUCUGCCUCGUCAGUCUCUUCAUUGAGACGUGGGGUUACUUCUGUCUCUUGAGGCGUCUGGAAGCGUCGGGCAAUGGAGAGUUGAUGUGGUGGGGCGGUCCGACGGGCAAGGCUCCGCCAACCGGAGAAGCGACGACGCUCCUGGCCGUGCGCGGCUUGAGGUACAUGUUCAAGAAGGACAAGGAGGCGUACCGCCUGCGUAUCCGGGACGCAACGAAGCCGUUGCAGAUAGACUCGCCGCGGUUCCAGACACUGACCGAGAUGCUCGUGCAGACUGGAGCACUCGUGCCGACGGUCAAGCGUUCUCACCGUUUGAGCGACAAGGCCCUGGCGCGCGUGGUGAUCGAUAUCACGUCGCCGACGCCCGUGCCCGAUCACUGGGUUCCGUCCCUCACGAAAGGAGCGAUGCGUGCCCUUCUUGCUGACAAGACGAUCUCGGAGUUGCGUGUCAAGGUCGAGACGCAGCUCGGCGAUGGCAAGUUUUGGCCGAUGAAGGUGAACCCGUACAACGCGAAGGAGGGCAGUCAGGCGGGCGUAAUUCCACCGUACCGUCCAGACGGAACCCACAGCACGCGGCCCGGCGACUACGGUCGACGACAGCAGCCCGAAGUUUCGCGAGGAGCCGGAUGA